UAUUCCAUCCUUCUGUUUGAUUAAGUUCGCGGAUAACUACCUAAUUAAUUUCUGAUGAUGGACUUAAUCCUAUAGUUUACUUCGUCAUGUUUUGGUGACGAUGAAUCACGUAUUUGUUCCUCCCCCGGGCUUCAAGCCUCCCGGUGGUUACAAUGCUUCUACUGAAUUUGAGAUAUUACAGGAAAAGGCUCGCAAAUGGCAGAAGCUGAACACUCGUCGUUUUAGUAAGGCAUAUACUACUACGUUGGCUACACAUACUGCUCCAAUGCCUCCUGAGCAUUUGCGUAAAGUAUUUCGUGAGCAUGGUGACAUGAGUAAUCGUAAAUAUCGUUAUGACAAGCGUGUAUAUUUGGGUGCUUUAAAGUAUGUUCCUCAUGCUGUUUACAAGUUAUUGGAGAACAUGCCUAUGCCAUGGGAGCAGGUGCGUCACGUUCGUGCUUUGUAUCACAUCACUGGUGCCAUAACCUUUGUUGACGAGAUUCCAUGGGUAGUAGAUCCAAUUUUUUUGGCUCAAUGGGGAACGAUGUGGAUUAUGAUGCGUCGUGAGAAGCGUGAUAGACGUCAUUUUAAACGUAUGAGGUUUCCUCCUUUCGAUGAUGAGGAGCCGCCGAUUGAUUACAGUGAGAAUAUUCUUGAUGUGGAGCCUCUUGAGGCCAUUCAAAUGGAGCUUGAUCCUGAAGAGGAUGCUACUGUAAUAGAUUGGUUUUAUGACUCCAAACCUCUUCUGUAUGAAUCUAGACGAAUAAACGGGCCAAGUUACCGUCGUUGGUUUUUGAGUGUUGAGCAGAUGGGUGUACUUUAUCGUCUGGCUAGUCAGUUAUUUUCGGAUAUACAAGACGACAACUACUUCUACUUAUUUAAUUUGAAGGCGUUUUACACAGCCAAAGCGUUGAAUACCGCUAUUCCUGGUGGGCCUAAGUUUGAGCCUCUUUACCGUGAUACCCAUGAAGAUGAGGAUUGGAACGAAUUCAACGAUGUUUCCAAGAUUAUUAUACGCCAGCAGAUUCGCACAGAGUAUAAAAUUGCAUUCCCAUAUUUAUACUGCAUUCGUCCACGUAAGGUGGCUCUUGCUCCGUAUCAUUCCAAGCUAUGUUCUUACAUAAAGCAGGAUGAUCCUGAUUUGCCAGUUUUCUACUACGACCCGAUUAUCAAUCCAAUACCUGCUUAUAGUAUAAAAGAGAGUACCGAGUUAGACAAUUACAGUGACAUGGUUGAUAACAUCCCAUCGAAGGGUUCGGCAGUUGAGACCGAUUCAAUGGAUAUCAAACCUCUUUUGACUCAACAGCAAAAUGUAAGUAAUCACAACCCUCUGAAUGGUCUUGUGCCUUUAUUAUCCUCUGUACCAUUGGAGACAGAGAACACUUCAAAUGGUAUUGCGCUUUGCUGGGCUCCGCACCCUUUCAACAAGCGUUCUGGACGAUGUAGGAGGGCUAUAGAUUUGCCUAUAGUACAAUCUUGGUUCCGGGAGCACGUACCAGCAUCUCAUCCCGUUAAGGUUCGUGUAUCCUAUCAGAAGCUUCUUAAGGGUUGGGUGUUAAGCAACCUCCACUCUACCAGACCCAAGAGCAUGAAGAAGCGCAAGCUGUUUAAGGUGUUCCGUGCCACUAAAUUUUUCCAGACCACUGAGCUUGACUGGGUGGAGGCUGGUUUACAGGUGUGUCAUCAGGGUUACAACAUGUUGAACCUAUUGAUUCAUCGCAAAAACUUGACAUAUCUACAUCUUGAUUACAACUUCAACUUGAAGCCUGUUAAAACGUUGACUACAAAGGAACGUAAGAAAUCUCGUUUUGGUAAUGCUUUCCACUUAUGCAGGGAGAUAUUACGUUUGACAAAGCUUGUUGUUGAUUGUCAUGUGCAAUAUCGUUUGGGCAACGUUGAUGCAUAUCAGCUUGCUGAUGGUUUACAGUACAUUUUCGCUCACGUUGGUCAGUUGACUGGUAUGUAUCGUUACAAAUACCGUUUGAUGCGUCAGGUACGCAUGUGCAAAGACCUUAAACAUUUGAUAUAUUACCGAUUUAACACGGGUCCUGUUGGUAAAGGGCCUGGGUGUGGUUUUUGGAUUUGCGGCUGGCGUGUUUGGUGUUUCUUUUUACGUGGCAUAAUGCCACUACUUGAACGUUGGCUCGGGAACCUCUUAGCGCGUCAAUUUGAGGGCAGGGUUUCCAAGGGCAUUGCCAAGACUGUGACCAAACAACGAGUUGAAUCUCAUUUUGAUUUGGAGUUGCGUGCUGCGGUUAUGCACGACAUAUUGGACAUGAUGCCUGAGGGUAUUCGUGCUAACAAGGCGCGUACUAUCCUUCAACACCUCAGCGAAGCAUGGCGAUGCUGGAAGGCCAAUAUUCCUUGGAAGGUCCCUGAGAUGCCUGCUGCCAUAGAGAACAUGAUCUUGCGUUACGUUAAGAUGAAGGCUGAUUGGUGGACAAAUGCUUCUUAUUACAACCGCGAGCGUAUUAAAAGAGGUGCCACGGUAGACAAAACUGUUUGCAAGAAGAACUUGGGUCGACUAACUCGUUUAUGGCUGAAGUCUGAACAGGAGCGUCAGCACGGGUACUUAAAAGACGGUCCUUACAUUACUGGUGAGGAGGCUGUUGCCAUAUACACCACUGCUGUUCAUUGGCUGGAGUCUCGCAAGUUUUCUCAUAUUCCUUUCCCACCUUUAAAUUACAAGCACGACACAAAGCUUUUGAUAUUGGCUUUAGAGCGCCUUAAGGAGCCGUACUCCACCAAGGGUAGGCUCAAUCAAAACCAACGUGAGGAAUUGGCUUUGAUUGAGCAGGCCUAUGACAAUCCACAUGAGGCUCUUAGUCGUAUCAAGAGGCACUUGCUCACUCAGCGUGCUUUUAAGGAGGUUACCAUUGAGUUUAUGGAUCUCUACAGUCACUUGAUCCCUGUGUAUGAUAUAGACCCUUUGGAGAAGAUUACUGAUGCUUAUUUAAGCCAGUACCUUUGGUACGAGGGCAGUGCGCGUGGCCUAUUUCCCAAUUGGAUAAAGCCUGCUGACAGUGAACCUCCUCCUUUGCUGGUUUACAAAUUUUGUCAGGGCAUUAACAACCUCACUGAUGUUUGGAAUUACAAUGAGCAAAACUUGGUUUUACUUCAGAGCAAGUUCGACCGAGUUUAUGAGAAGAUUGAUUUGACAUUGUUGAACAGACUUCUUCGGUUGAUUGUUGACCACAAUGUAGCGGACUACAUUACUGCCAAGAACAAUGUUAGCAUUUGCUUCAAGGAUAUGAGUCACAUCAAUAGUUUUGGGUUUAUUCGCGGCUUACAAUUUGGUAGCUUUGUAUUCCAGUACUAUGGUUUAAUAUUAGACCUCCUUUUACUGGGACUUACUCGUGCCACUGAGUUGGCUGGUCCGGUUACUAUGCCAAACGACUUCCUUCGUUUCACCGAUACUGAGACUGAGACACGGCAUCCAAUCAGACUCUACUGUAGGUGCAUUGACAAAAUCUUCGUCUUGUUUAAGUUCAACAACAGCGAGACUCGUGACCUGGUGCAACGCUAUCUCACUGAAAACCCUGACCCCAACAACGAGAACGUUGUUGGUUAUAACAACAAGAGCUGUUGGCCCAAGGAUAGUCGUAUGCGUCUCAUGAAGCAUGAUGUCAAUCUUGGUCGUGCCACCUUCUGGGAGAUGCAGGCUCGUUUACCUCGGUCUGUAACUACUCUUGAGUGGAACGAUUCAUUUGUAUCUGUUUAUGGUAAGGACAACCCGAACCUUCUAUUCAACAUGUAUGGUUUUGAGGUGCGAAUAUUCCCUAAGAUACGCUGGCUGAAAAGCGGUGUGACUCAGGCUGAAGCUUGCUGGAAGUUACAGAACGAGCGUACUAAAGAGCUGUCUGCUACUGCGUAUUUACGUGUUGAUGCUGAGGGUAUGAGUACAUUUGAGAACCGUGUAAGACAGAUUCUAAUGGCCAGUGGCAGCACUACUUUUACAAAAAUCGCAAACAAGUGGAACACUGCCCUAAUAGGCAUGAUGACUUACUAUCGUGAGGCUGUAAUUCACACCAAUGAGCUUUUGGACCUUUUGGUUAAAUGUGAGAACAAGAUACAGACUCGUAUUAAAAUUGGUCUGAAUUCUAAGAUGCCUUCUCGUUUCCCUCCAGUUGUGUUUUACACUCCUAAGGAGCUUGGUGGUUUGGGUAUGCUUUCCAUGGGUCACAUUCUCAUUCCUCAGUCUGACCUUAAAUAUAGCAAGCAGACUGAGACUGGUAUUACUCACUUCCGAAGCGGUAUGUCUCAUGAAGAGGAUCAGCUUAUCCCUAAUCUUUAUCGCUACAUCCAGACCUGGGAGAGUGAAUUCAUCGAGAGUCAACGUGUCUGGGCUGAGUACGCUUUAAAACGUCAGGAAGCCCAGGCUCAGAACCGCAGGCUGACUAUUGAGGACCUGGAGGACUCAUUUGAUCGUGGAAUACCUCGUAUAAACACUCUUUUCCAGAAAGACAGGCACACUUUGGCUUACGACAAGGGUUGGCGUGUUCAGCAGGAUUUCAAACAAUACCAGAUGUUGAAAAACAAUCCAUUUUGGUGGACUCAUCAGAAGCAUGAUGGUAAGCUGUGGAACUUGAAUAACUACCGUACUGACAUGAUCCAAGCUCUGGGUGGCGUUGAGGGCAUUUUAGAGCACACUCUUUUUAAGGGCACGUACUUCGCCACGUGGGAGGGUCUCUUUUGGGAGAAGGCCUCUGGUUUUGAGGAAUCCAUGAAAUACAAGCGUUUGACAAAUGCGCAACGCAGUGGUUUGAAUCAAAUCCCCAACCGUAGGUUCACCUUAUGGUGGUCUCCUACUAUUAACCGUGCCAAUGUCUAUGUUGGUUUUCAGGUUCAAUUAGAUCUCACUGGCAUCUUCAUGCAUGGUAAGAUCCCUACUCUAAAGAUAUCCUUGAUUCAAAUAUUCCGUGCGCAUUUAUGGCAGAAAAUUCACGAAUCGUUGGUCAUGGAUUUAUGCCAGGUGCUUGACCUUGAGCUAGACGCUUUGGAGAUUGAGACCGUGCAGAAGGAAACCAUUCACCCUCGCAAGUCUUACAAGAUGAAUAGCAGUUGUGCUGAUAUUCUUUUAUGUGCUGCGUACAAGUGGCAUGUAGGCAAACCCAGUCUUUUGACCGAUGGUGACAGUGGUGACGCUACUACUUCCACCAACAAGUUCUGGAUUGACGUGCAGCUUCGUUGGGGUGACUAUGAUAGCCACGACAUUGAACGAUACUGCCGAGCUAAAUUUUUGGACUACACUACUGACAGCAUGUCGAUAUACCCAUGUCCCACUGGAUGCCUGAUAGGUGUAGACCUAGCAUACAACAUGCACAGUGGUUUCGGUUACUGGUUCCCCGGUAUGAAGACCCUUUGCGGCAGGGCCAUGAACAAGAUAAUGAAGGCGAAUCCUGCAAUGUUCGUUUUGCGUGAGCGUAUUCGCAAGGGUCUCCAGUUAUAUUCUAGUGAGCCCACUGAGCCUUACUUGUCGUCUCAGAAUUUCGGUGAACUCUUUGGUUCGCAGACAAUUUGGUUUGUGGAUGAUACGAAUGUUUACAGGGUAACUAUUCACAAGACCUUUGAGGGCAACUUAACUACAAAGCCGGUUAACGGUGCAAUUUUUGUCUUUAACCCCAAGACUGGCCAGUUAUUUUUGAAGAUUAUCCAUACAUCUGUGUGGGCUGGACAAAAGCGUUUGAGCCAAUUAGCCAAGUGGAAGACUGCUGAAGAGGUGGCUGCUUUAAUUAGGUCGCUGCCUGUUGAGGAACAGCCCAAGCAGAUUAUCGUUACUCGUAAGGGUAUGCUUGAUCCUCUUGAGGUCCAUUUACUUGACUUCCCCAAUAUUGUCAUUAAGGGUAGUGAGCUUCAGUUACCUUAUCAGUCCAUUAUGAAGCUUGAGAAGUUUGGCGACAUGAUUUUACGUGCCACGCAGCCAGAAAUGGUCCUAUUUAAUUUAUAUGACGACUGGUUGAAGAGUAUCAGCAGUUACACUGCAUUCAGUCGUUUGAUCCUUAUCCUCAGGGCUAUGCAUGUAAAUUGUGAUCGUGCUAAAGUUUUGCUUAAACCUUCAAAGACUACUGUCACACUUCCACAUCAUGUAUGGCCAAGUUUGACUGACACCGAGUGGAUAAAUUGCGAGGUUGCUUUGAAAGACUUAAUUCUUGCUGACUAUGCUAAGCGCAAUGGCAUUAAUGCUACAAGUUUAACACAGAGUGAGAUUCGUGACAUCAUUCUUGGUAUGGAGAUUGCACCUCCCGACUUGCAGCGCCAGGAGCUUGAGGAGAACCGUGCUGACGUUGCUGCUAAGAUGGUGACUACUCGUUCGGUCAAUGUACAUGGUGACGAGAUCAUUGUUACCACUCAGACUCCCCAUGAGCAGAAGGUGUUUGCUAGCAAGACAGACUGGCGCAACCGUUGUCUUGCAGCUGGCCUUUUACAUCGUCGUUUAGAGGGUCUAUCAGUGGAGAGUGUUGACUCGGACGACACUUUAGUGAUUCCCCUGAACUUGAUCCGCAAGUUGGUCAUGGUAUCUGAUUUGCGUACUACAGUUGCUGUUUAUCUCUACGGUAAGAUAAGUGACGUUGAAAGUGGCGACCCUCGUGGCGCCAGCUCAAAUGUUCGUGAGGUAGCUUGCAUGGUCUUUGUUCCUCAGGUUGGCAAUGCUUUUACGGCCGAUUUGCCAAAACAGGCUCCUCAACAUGAAUCUCUGGAUGGAUUGGAACCUUUAGGUUGGCUGAUUACAAGGCCCACUGAGGGUCCGGUGCCUAAGGAGGCUGUUGAAUCGCACAAGAGAUUGCAAAGCGACAUGAGUUGGGAUGUGGUUGCUGUCUUGUGUACCUGUACCUUUGUUCGUGGAAGUUGUUCAUUUUUGGCUUACUCUCUGACUCCGGAUGCGCUCGUUAGCAAGGACAUUUCGAAUGUCAGCUCGCUUUUAACACCGGUACAGGUACUAGUAUCUGACAAGUAUAAAGGAUUUUUCCUAGUCCCUACAGAUGACGCUUGGAACUACAACUUUAUGGGUGCGAAGCACAGUUUGCACAUGCAGUAUCAGUUACAGGUUGAGGUUCCUCGACCCUUUUACGACCCUGUACAUCGCCCUUUGCAUUUCAUUCAGUUUGCGCAAGCUAAUGAAGUGCGUGACUCAGAAAUUGAGAACCCUUUGUAAGCUCACUAAUUUAUUAAAACAUAUUAUGUGUCUCUGUUGUUUUUAAUAACUAGAAUUGUAGCUACAGUGGUGAUAUGGCACGCAAUCACUAGUUGUAGCGGUAUU